AGGCAGAAAACACAAGACAGUGUGGAGGAAAAGAUGACGAAUCAGAAGAGGAAAAUAAAAAACCUUUCCAGGGAGAGAGAGUGUUCAGCAAAACCAUAUAUGAAUGGCACAGGGAAGAGUAAGUCACUGGCUCUGGGUGAGGAUUCAGAAUGGGAGACAAGCCUAUCUGGGAGCAGAUUGGGUCCAGCUUCAUACAACAUUACUACCAGCUUUUUGAUGCAGACAGGACUCAGUUAGGAGCAAUAUAUAUUGAUGCAUCAUGCCUUACGUGGGAAGGACAGCAGUUCCAGGGCAAAGCAGCCAUUGUUGAAAAACUCACUAGCCUCCCUUUCCAAAAAAUACAACACAGCAUCACAGCACAAGACCACCAGCCUACACCUGACAGCUGUAUACUCAGUAUGGUAGUGGGACAGCUUAAGGCUGAUGAAGAUCCUAUCAUGGGGUUCCACCAGAUAUUUCUAUUAAAGAACAUCAACGAUGCCUGGGUUUGCACCAAUGACAUGUUCAGGCUAGCAUUGCACAACUUUGGCUGAGCUGCCCAGCCCGAGGCUCCCGUGCUUUUUUUUUUUUGUUUUGUUUUUGUUUUCCUCCUCUCCUCCUAACUGGUAUUAUUCACACUCACGGAACAUUCCAAAUAUCAUACACAAACCUGCAGCACUGCAGAGCGUGAGCAAGCAAGACUUGUGACCUGCCCUUCUGCUGAGUUUACAUUGUCACUAGAUGAGUUUCUUGUGCAUGAUGUUUGGAAGUUAGACUUAGCUGCAUUUGAUAAAGAGAAAUUUUGUGUUGUACCAGCAUGCCUCGGAAAGAAUUUAUAAUGCAAAAGGUUGUUGUUUAUGUACUGACAAGAUGCUCUUAUAACCCAAAGAAAUGAAAGAACAGCAGCCUGUACAGCCCAGUUAUUGAUUUGUUCAGAUGUUUCAAUGCUACGUUACACAAUAAAACAGAGAUUUUCUUAAAAGUUUAAA